AUGGAUCUCCCACCAUCUUCUCCAAAGACGCUAUCGUCAAUCAAGGACAGGUCGUUCAAUAGGGCUACAUUGACUGAUGAUGGUAUUAUGAUUACUUCACAGGGACACUGCACUGCAGAUGGAGAAUGCGGGGAUUUACAGAGUAAACACUUUCAUGGAUGCAACCACAGUACAGGUAGUUUUCAAAGCUCGCCAUCAAGUUGUUUUGAAACGACUUCUCUAAUAAGUUGUGUUACUUGCCUAAGUGACAACAAUUCUGUGGAGCAUCGUAACCGUCGUCAUAGCAACCAUUCAAUUGACACAGCGGGGCUACUCAAUGAAGAUCUUGAUGAAAUUCCGUAUUCUUCGGUGAAUGGAAAACUAAUGGUUAAUACUGUGAUUCCUUAUGGUAGAAUUCUUUACGCCAAGUAUUUGGAAAAUCCUAACGGAUACACAGAUAAUAGUGGGCCUGCGAGCCCAAAUAGAUCCACUGAUAAUACUCCACAGUCAAAGGAUCCAGAUGCUGUCAAUGUACAUGGACUUCAGACCAAAUCAGAUGAUGAUCUCAUUGAGGAGCAAUUGUUGAACGAUGAUGACAAUCGGGACACUCCCGUGACAACAACAAAUGCGGAGGAUGGUGAGAGCUAUCACCUGAUAGAAAUUACGUUUGCUAAACCUAGGCGUCAUGAUGUGGUUCCCAAGAGAUUGACGUUGUUGAUUAGCCAUUUUUCAUCCUCUCCAGAAACAAACGUUGUGGAAGAAAUUAUGAGAAGAAGUUAUAAAAAUGCCAAGAUCAAUCGUUCAGUUCUUGUGAUUAUUAAUCCCCACGGUGGUCAAGGGAAAGCCAAGAAGUUGUUUAUGACGAAAUGUAGACCUAUUCUCUUGGCCAGUCGCUGUCCAAUAGAGAUAGCAUACACGAAAUAUGGACGCCAUGCUGUUGAUAUCGCACGUGAAGUGGACCUUAAUAAAUAUGAUACUAUAGCGUGUGCCUCUGGUGACGGUAUACCCUAUGAAGUGAUUAAUGGUCUUUACCAAAGAAAAGAUCGUGCAGCUGCGUUCAACAAACUGUCCAUAACUCAAUUGCCAUGUGGUUCAGGUAAUGCAAUGAGUGUAACUUGUCACUGGACAAGUAAUCCAUCCUAUGCCGCACUUUCCCUAGUAAAAUCUGUGGAGUCAAGAAUAGAUCUGAUGUGCUGUUCACAACCAUCUUACUGUAAGGAAUUUUCACGGCUUUCAUUCUUGUCCCAAUGUUACGGUAUCAUUGCCGAAUCCGAUAUCAAUACUGAAUUCAUUAGAUGGCUAGGUCCCACUAGAUUUGAAUUAGGUGUUGCAUUUAAUAUCAUACAGAGGAAGAAAUACCCCUGUGACGUUUGGGUUAAAUAUGUAGCUAAGAGCAAGGACGAUGUCAAAGUUCACUAUUUGGAACAAAAGAAAAAAACACGAACAGAAUUAGAAGCAUAUUUUGACGAUAAUUCUCAGUUGGAAGAGACCACUAAUACUAGGGUUUCAGAUUACGAAACUACUGAAGAAGAUUUUAAGCUAAAAUUUCCGUUAGAAGAUGGUGUACCUGAUGAUUGGGAGAAAUUAGAUUCAAGCUUAACCGAUAACCUGGGUAUCUUUUAUACCGGUAAAAUGCCAUACAUGGCUGCAGACGCCAAAUUUUUCCCCGCAGCCCUUCCUAAUGACGGUGCUAUGGAUUUGAUGGUUACAGAUGCUAGAACUCCCGUUACUAGAAUUGCUCCAAUCUUGUUAGCGUUGGAUAAGGGUACCCAUGUCUUACAACCAGAAGUUAUUCAUACAAAGAUCUUGGCAUACAAAAUAAUUCCUAGGGUUCAAUCAAGUUUAUUUUCAGUCGAUGGUGAAAGAUUCCCAUUAGAACCCUUGCAAGUUGAAGUUUUGCCCAAGAUAUGUAAGACACUUUUGAGAAACGGUACUUAUGUGGAUACCGAGUUCGAAACGAUGUGA